CAAAGGAAGGUACAUAUUUCUAGUUAAUUGCAAUAAUUAUGGUAAGUACGUAACAUUUUUAUGGUUAGUCAAGAAAAAUAUAAAUUUGAAACGUGGGUUUAAUUAGAAAUGCGGUUAAGGACUUUGAUGGAGUUUCUGAGAAAAUGCACUUGGCGGUCUCAGUUAGUGGGAACGAGGCAUUAGACUCUGUUUUGAAUGACUUCAAAGAGGGUUACUUGACUCUCUCAAGUAAUGAUCGGAACAAGUUACUUCUUGGAUUGGCGAAAGAAUAUUAUGUCGAUGACAUUCAAGUGGAACAACUCAUUGACCAAUAUCUCAUCAGACUACUCGAGAUUUUCCCACGCAAUGAGAUGGAACCGCAUGAUGAUCUCAAUGCAUUAUACUCCAUUGAGCGGAAUCUCAAGUAUGCCCUCCGGCCAGACUAUGAUAUUCUCUUCGACAGGCUACACAGAAGUUCCCGAGGAUUCAAGUUUUUGUGCACUCUCCAAGUAGACAUUCUAUCACUGCUCACAAAAGAGAAUGCGCCAUCGUUGCGAGCAUUAGAAUUGCAGCUUAAGGACAGGAUUCGAGGUUAUUGGUUAACAUGUGGAAUGAAUUGGAGGAGGGAAACAUAAACGUGGGAAGCAUAACAAUGGAUCAUGCAUGAGUGAAAGCCUCAAUUUUGUAGCGUGAUUAUCUUUGCUUUGUUUUUUUACCAUAGCAACCUAAACUCAGUUUAAUUUUUCAAAUUGUAUGGUGCUAAGGUAUGGACUUUAAUU